CGUCAUCCUAUGUCACCAAAACUACAAUGUCAUGGAGUCUAAGACGCACUUUUAUAUUAUGUAACCAAGUGAGAAAAACACACCUUCUGAUUUCAGAGCUGUUUGGAUGUAAGAAAGAAAUGUGCGGUUUAUAAUCUAUAAAAUGUAAUCUGAGCAGAAGCGGAGCCUGACAGUAUUUUCCCUGAGGAUUCUUCAUUCCUUCUGAGAGUGAAACUGACUGAUGUGAACGUAAAGAAAAGACUCAAUAACCAAGAUGCUUUGGAGCCAGAAUGCUUCCCCACUUAGAUCACGGAAUGGGUGUCUCGUGGUGUGUAUCAGCCUCCUGUCUGGUGUGUUAUCUUCGCUGCCUGAUUUGUCAGACAAAUCUUGCACUUUCAAGGUGACGUUACGCAAUUUCCGGGUCAUCUUAUCUUGGGAAUUGAAAAACCAUGCAAUCGUACCAGAUCGCUAUACAUUACAGUACACAGUUAUAAGUAGACCAGACAGUGUGAAGAUUGUGGAGCACUGUUCAAAUAUCACAGCAUCAUUCUGUGACCUAACGGAUGUGUGGGAGGUCCUGCCCGAGACAUACGUCGUCACAGUUGACGGGUUCAGAGGGAACACGACGCUGGUCACGUGUUUCAUCGAUUUCUUCCUGGCAGCAUUCAUAUCUUUGGAGCCACCAGAGUUUGAUAUUGUUAACUUUACCGACCACAUUAACGUCAAUGUGAAUUUUCCACCUGUCCUUCCCAAGAUACUAGAAGAACUAUUACAGUUUCACCUAUCACUUAUCAUCGAAGAACAGUCAGGGGAGAUUGUCAAGAAGCAUAACCCCGCACUAGAUGAAAACGUCAUUGGAAAUUUCACUUACGUCAUCGACAAAUUACUUCCAAACACAAACUACUGUGUAUCUGUUUAUUUUAUGCCUAGAAAUCUGGAAGCAAUACGCAGAUCACCAGUAAAAUGUACCUUCCUUCAACCUGCACGCGACACAGGGUCAUCAGAAUCUGCCAGAAUUGGAGGAAUAAUUACUAUGUUUUUAAUAGCUGCUGUCUUCAUAAGCACCAUAAUAAUACUGAAACGGGUCGGUUAUAUAUGCUUAAGAAAUAAUUUCCCCAAAGUUUUGAAUUUUAAUAACCUGUCAGCCUGGGUAUUCCCUGAGAUGCCACCAUGGGAAGCAGUGGCUUUCGUGGAGGUGAUUCAUAUUAACAGGAAGAAGAAGGAGUGGAAUUACAAUUACGACGACGAAAGCGACAGCAACGAUGAAGCCACCGCCCCUCCGACAAGCACAGGGGGCUAUACCAAGCACAGGCUGCUGACCGGGCUCCCGGGUCCCACCUCUGCCUCCUCGGCCACCGGGCAGGACUGCCUGGAGCCGGACACCGAGGAACCUAACCUGUCCGCGCCGAAGGCGGAGCCACUGAUGGCACCAGAGCCCAGCCUCCGGCGAGGGAAGCUGCUACAGGACUGCUUUUUCGAGGACAGCAGCUCCACGGAAGAGGCUGGGGACAAAAUCGUCUUCAAUGUAAAUCUGAGCUCUGUAUUCGUGAGCACCCUCGAUGAUGAUGUGAGCACCCUCGAUGACGAUUCGGGUGUCCCUCCAGUGUUACCAAGUUUUCCAGAAGAGGAUUCCCACACACCGGAACCAAGCUUUCUGGACACCGACGGGGAAGGGACCCAGCAACACUUUCCCACUCCCACUGCAGAGUGUCCUUGGCCUGAAGAUGUGCUUUCUGACAAAAGUGACCGUUCUGAGCCUAAUGUUGACAUCGGGGAUGGCUAUAUAAUGAGGUGAAUCCCCCAAAUAUUUAAUGAUCGUGGACUGACCAAUACCUCCAGAGUUUCCCUCCCUGCACAGUCACUUUCUCCUCUGUGGUCCACAAAGUUCCGGAGGGCUGAGGGCCAGUGUGGGACACUGCAAUCAGCUUCUCCUUGAGGUGCCUGGUGAUGUCAUCUAUGCAAAUUCCAUGCAAAUUACCAAUCUGGGAGGGGAGUCGGAACCAGACCAGCGGAUCCUUCAGUGCGUUGUUUACACGUUCCAAGUGGUUUUCAGGGGUGGUCCAGGGCCCUGCGAGAUUUCUGAGAAGUAAUGAAAUUAGCCAGGGUGGGAAUGGGGAGAGACAAGAAAGACACUCAGCAGGAGUGAGUCCAGCAGGCUCAAGGAAGGAGUCAGAAAGCAGACAGGAAAAGAGAAGGAAGGGAAGGCAGGGACCCAAAAAGAAACAAGCCCAUGUUGGAAGGAGGGAAGAUCCAGCCCAGUCUUGGGUUCCUGCCACAUAUCACGUUCUGUCACCUACGCUUGACCAGCCCUCCUCAGUUUGAUUGAGGAAGACAAACUCAUGCAUAAAUAACUUCAGCGUCAGGCAGGUGACUAAUAGGAAACGUUUGCAUGAGAGAGAGGGAUAGAAUCUCUGUGCCAAAUUUUAAAAUUAAAAAAAAAAAAGGGAGAGAACAAAUGCAAAAUUGUUUCAAGGUCUUCAGAAGAAAUAAGACACAAAAUUCCUGGAGGUCCUAUUUAACAAUUUAACAAGCGCUGUGUGCACUGAUUCCAGGUGUCCUAUGUGUGACCAAAGUUCCUGUGGAGGGGGGAUGGGGGAAGGAACGUUCUAGAACAUCAUGUAGCAAACCAGACAAGAACUGGGACUCGAGUCUGACUCUGCUGCUAUUUCCGUGUGUGACUCUGGGUACUUUGCUUAGCCUCUCUGAGCCUCAGGUUCUUCAUUUAGGAAAUAAGGGGAUUGGGCUAGGUAAUCUCCAAGAUCCUAUGGUGCUAAGAGAAAUAUUAGAAAAUACACAGGAAUGAAGACUCUGGCGGAGAUGUGACAACCCUGAGAGGUCCCCAAGGAGAAUCAAUGGUGUGGGACCUCAUAUCUCAUUCCCCUCUCCCUAAGAGCAGCCUUCUCAGACCUUUCUUCUAGAUCCAUUCACAAGGGGGACAACAACAAUUACGAGUUCUAAUUCAAGGGCUUUGAAGAGAUUAUUUUUACAACCAUUCUAAAGUAUCAAAGGAGAGAGAUGUGAGAGGAGAUGGAGUUAUUUAAUGACCUGAUGAAAUUGUCCAGGAAAGGAACUUUGUCGUGUGAAGAGUCCAAUUCUCCGCCCUCUUGAAUCAUCUCUCAUAUUUUGAAAGCUUUCCAGAGUGAUCUUUUGGAAUACCCUUUUUAUGGCUGCUCUUAUGUGAAUGUGUGUGUUUAAAUUUUGUAUAAGGGUCUGAAGUUGGUGAAGGAUAAAUACUUUUUAAUACAAACUUA